UUGCAAAUUUUAGUAUAUUUUAAUUUAUUCCGGUAAUUAUGUGAGUUACCUGUGUUAGUCAGAAUUGUGACAAGACCAGCACCCAGUACUGUUGUGACCAUAAGAAAGCUAUUUGAGGCUGGUGUAGGUCGGAUCAGCAUUUUAAGUGUAAAGUGCAGAUGAUUGUUGAUGUGAAGGAGCUUGAGUAUCAAUCUAUGAGUCUGGACAAGUUAAUUAGAACCACUGAGACUCAAUGCAAGCAGUUUGAUCUGGAAGACGACUUUCCGAAGUUUAGAGAGGCUAUUGAUGGGAUCAAGAAAGAGUUUGAGGAAGUUAAAGAGGAGAUUAGCAAAGCUGUGAGGUAUAAGGAGUUCUUAAAAUUUGAAGAGUAUCAAGCCAAGCUUGAUCAGAUUAAGACCAAGAUUUCAGGGAAACCUGAAAUCAAGGAAGUAAUGAGCUGCUGUUUCAUGCAGAUAGGACUCAAGCAGAUACAGAUUCAAGUCCAAGAAGAAAAAGUAUCUGAUACAAUAAAGGAAACAAAUGAGGGUUUUAAUCAGGAGUUUAAAAUACCUACAGAGGAUAGAAGUAAAGUAAAAGAGCUGUCUGCUUCACAAAUACUCUCAAGAGGACUAUUUGGACAGAGAAAGUCCAAAAGUGCUUCUAUUCAAGAGGAAAAUAAGUCAGAAAGACUGUUUUCUUCUCAUCCUAAAAAAGAUUCAGAGAAAAAUAAUGCUUCUGAUAAUAAGGUUAAUGAACUCAAUCCUAAAUCAAGUCUAGGCUUAUUUGGGUCUUCUUCUAAAAAUAAUGAAUCCUCAACUUACUCGAAGCCCUUUGGAUCAUGUCUGUUUGGAAUUAUUAUGAAGGAUAUCUACUCAUGCUCUACUUCGGAUGUCCCUGAACAUAUCAAUAAUGUGUUUAUGAAUGAAUUGGUUCAGGCCAAAGAAAAAUUCACCGAAGCUCAUCUGGUAACCUUGCAUCUAACCAACACUCACAAAUCAACCUUCCAAUCCUUCGUCAGCCACUGCUUGGCCUCUAAACUCUGCCACGACCUAAUUAUAAAGAACGAAAGGGAAGACGAGAGAGUUGUGUUUUCAGAGUUUUCAUCUUCUUUGAAGUUGCUGCUCAAAACUCCUUUAAAGACUAUAAGACUGGUGAAGUUUGAUCUAACUGAUAAGGAAUUAACUUACCUCGCAGGCUUACUAAAAUCAAGCAAGAUAAAGAUCUCAUUGAAAGAUUGAGACCUCCUUGGGAAAAGGAAGUUUGGGUGUAUAGGACCCCCUCUUAUAACCCAAGAGGUACUAAUACAGGAAGGAACCAACAAGAUCGAGGUUCUCUAAUU